UCUGGUGCAGACGGAGCAGUUCCUGAGGUCUAUGUUGGACGAGGGCCCUGUGAGAAACGUUGUGGCCCCGGAACACACACACCGCACACACAGCAAAGACCGAGACAAGAUGCGUGCAGCACCAGUGGCCCCUCCCCAGUCCCUCUCUCAGUACCAGGACGUUGAGGACCCAGAGUAUGAAGACUUCAGAGCGGAGGCCAGGCUCCAGAGAGGCAGACAGCUGGAGAGCUUCAACAAGGCUGCAGAGGCCUACAGGCAGGGGCGCAAAGACGUAGCCUCCUACUACGCUCAACAGGGUCAUCUCCACAGCCAGAAGAUGCGUGAAGCUAAUCACCGUGCAGCGGUCCAGAUCUUUGAGCGGGUCAACUCCUCCCUGCUGCCUCAGAACGUUCUAGACCUCCAUGGGCUGCAUGUUGAAGAGGCGUUACUCCACCUCUCACAGGUCCUAGAGAAGAAGACCACAGAGUGGCAGCAGGGUGUGUGUAGGUCUCAGCUGUCAGUGAUAACCGGAAGAGGGAACCACAGUCAGGGAGGAGUGGCUCGUAUCCGUCCUGCCGUCAUAGACUACCUCAACACACAGCACUACAGGUUUACUGAGCCUAAGCCAGGUCUGUUGUUGGUGUGUCUGAACUGAGAUGAAUCUGUCAUGUGACUGACUGUCCUCAAGACACUCCUCCUCUCCCUUUCUCCCCUGGAAUCUACCCUGGAAUCUACCUCUACCACUUCCUCUCUUACAUACACAAAAAAACCUCUCUAUCUUUCUCUCUCUCUCUCUCUCCCCUCCCCCCUCUCUCUCUCUCUCUCUCCUCCCCCCUCU